AUGCACGAUGAAUGCUCUGGCGAAUUCCCUCCAAAAUUGAAGGGACACGUGCUUCACCCAAAAGGGGACCUCAUCUUGCACUGCCAACACCCAUCCACACCCCUCGAUGCUCGACUUUCAUGCACAAGAUGUGGGUCGACGUGCGGGACUAUUUUCUAUAAAUGUCCCGACGAUGAUUCAAACUGCAACUUCAGGCUCGACCUCAAGUGUGCCCGCCCGAUAAGGGUCCUACACAGGAGCCACAGGCACAAGCUGACAGUCAGAAGGAGGAGGGGCCAACAUCUGGACAGCAGUCAUGACAACGAUAAGUUCAACAACCCGUUACAAUUCUACAGUGUCCGCUCAUCCGAACGACGACCUCAGCGCUUGCAAGCAUCCGACAACGUCCGCUCAUCCAGAGUUUUUUUAUUUUUGAUACUAGCCCUUGAGCUAUAA